AUGGGUGACCGCAGCGUUGACGAAUCAGCCGUCGGCUGUUCAGACGACGCGGAAACACGCUCAUGUCCCGGUGAUUUGCGAUCAGACCAUUCGGCGCAGAGGACAAGAAGUAAAUGGUAAGUCAGCAGAACAGAACUUAUCUUGACGCCCUUUGCACAAUAAACUUUCAGGAGCCAUAUGCGACAAGCGUCCCAAGGAGUACCACCCCGACACAUGGAGAAGGCGCUGCGACGGAAAGAAUUCCGCUUGCCAGUAAGAUCUUUUUUGUUUAUUUCAGCGGCCACAACGCAGAACAGUCGGUUUCCUCCACUUUUUGUUUCCCUUAUACUUUGUCUUCAUCAGACCAUUCCCAUUCCACAUGCAUCGUUUCUGCCUAGAUGCUCCUUUUAUCCUCUUUUCAGAGUGCUUUAUUAAUUGACUAACUAAGUGUAUUAUGGGGACAUUAUUCAUUUUCAUUUGGUGCUGACCAAUAAUUGAGUGUGAGAUGAAAAUGAGCUAUCAACUCAACCCUUAGCUCCUUUUCCUUUGUCGUUUAUUUUUCCAGUUCUUUAAACUUCUCAACUCAAAGUCUACAAGAGCUUAUUUUAGAAAUUGAGACGUUUGCUACUACUCAUUACGCAAAAGUGCACCGAGCUAUAUGCUCAUUUCACACUUACAUGACUAUUCUGAAUAAGAUUAAAAGUUACAAGUUUAGGCGAAAUGUUUGAAGAGCGUUCCGAUUUCGCAAAUUUUUGAUGAGUCAUCGAAACAUAGAAAAAAAAAGUCGGGAAGACAGAUGGCUUUCAUUCUUUCUCUCCCACACACCUUACUUGACCAUGUUCGUAAUUUUGAAAAUGUUCACUCUUAAAAAUUUUUCAUUCCAGCCACAGCAACACGAGCUGAUCGAGAGGGAAAUGACCGUCCUCACUGAGGAAUCUCAGUGUGGAAUCGGGAAAUGGAGACCUUCUUGGGCUCAGUGGCUCGGGAAGCAACUGCCAAUGAUUGUCCUUCUUUGCAUAUACUGUAGCAUACAGGUAGGAUGCACGCAAUUUUACAUUGAGUCCAUUACCUUCUUUCUUUAAGGGUUUGAUUGUCAACGGACUGGUCCCAUCUGCCAUCUCAUCGAUCGAGCGCCGCUUCAAGUUCAGCACCAGUCACAUGGGACGCAUCGUCCAGUUUUAUGACUUUGGAUACGUGCUCCUCUGCAUUCCGGUCUCGUACUUCGGUGGUCGCCACAGUAAACCCGCCGUUCUUGCUUGUGGAUUGGCGUGUAUGGCUCUGGGCUCUCUGAUCUUCUCGGCUCCGCACGUCUUGUCCGACUCCUACACGACCUCCCAGUCCAACAUGUCACUUGGAACGUGUUCUAUUGAAAAUUGUAAGUUCGCCCUCGUUUUUGCAAAUACACAAAUACAAACAGAAGAAACUGUGAAGGUGAUUCAUAGGAUCAUCAUAUUAUUUCUGUUCGGGAGCGUAGUCAUGAAUUGGUUUCAAAUUCGAAGAAUUGGAAAAUUGACAAAUGACUCAUCCAACAAGUUUCAGUCUUUGCAAACGACACAAACUCCCCUGAAGCCCUCGCUCAGACCGCCUGCAAAAGUGAGAACCAAAUUCAGGUAGUUGAAAUUACAAAUAUAGGGAUUUCAAUUGGUCUUUGUAGCAUUCAUCCACCAACUUGUACUUCUAUCUGUUCUGUUUCGCCCAUUUCCUUCAUGGAAUCGGCGCGACCCCUUUGUUCACAAUCGGAGUGUCGUACAUUGAUGAAAACGUGGGAACCGCAAAAUCAUCGCUUUUCGUCGGAAUAUUCUACUCGUUUGCCGUCUUCGGACCUGCGAUCGGAUUCCUUGGAGCAUCGGUGUCCCUUCAAUAUCACACGGACUUUUGGCAUUUGCCACCGGAGCAGAUUCUGAAGUAAGCAGCGUUGAUGGUUUUUUUUAUAACUGGUGUUUUCAGGGUGUCUUCUGGAGAAACUGAUCCGACAUGGGUGGGAGCUUGGUGGCUCUCGUUCAUUGUUGCAUCGUUCGUCGGAUUCGUGGCGGUUUUCCCUCUCGCCUCCCUUCCGAAAGUUCUUCCCGCUUCUCUGAAAUGGCAUCGUAGCCGUCUGCAAGAUGCUGCCAUUGCGAACCGCCGUCGGACUCCAGAAUGCUGCGGAAUGCCCGGAUCCAACAAAACCGCUGCUCUCAAUAGCGAUGCUCCGAUUCCAGGUUUGUCCCCCAGAAACUCACUUUAUCUUCUGCUCGUAUCAUCGAGCACACCACGAGUUUGGUGUACAAAAAUUGUAGCAGAUAUGUAGUUGGAAAGAAUUGAAAAUGUAUUUUAUAUAUCUGAAGAAUACAAAAAUUCCAGAGGGCAUACUGUCGCUCAUUAAAAAUGGAAAUGUGAAAGGAAAGUAACUUUCAGAGCAAGCGUCGUUACUCUAUUCGUCAAUCCCUGCAAGAGGUCGCGGACCAUUGUGGUACAAAAUUUGGAUGGACGUUCGCCACAUUCCGAUUGCCAUCUACCGUAUCCUGACCAACGGACCUUUCAUGAUCAUCACAUGCGCUAUGGCCAUUGAUAGUUUGGUUGUGACUGGAGCUUCGUCGUUCAUGUCAAAGUAUCUGGAGAGACAGUUCAGUGUGAAGCCGAGCAAGGCCAACUUGCUCAUUGGUUGUGUGAUGGUUCCGAUGGCAGGAUUGGGAUGUAUGAUCACUGGAGGGAUAGUGAACCACUUCCGGUUGAACAGCAGCAAAAUGCUCAAGUUCGCCAUCGGGCUCAUCUUUCUCUCUUUGCUCUUUUCGCCAAUGUAUCUUAUCUACUGCCCCCACGCACCCAUGGUUGGCGUCGACUCGGAAUACCCAGACUCUGAGUAUGUUUGCACACAUCAUCGAACUUUAACCUUUUCAUUUUUAGCGGCGUGAUCCCUGACUACAACUUGACGUAUUCCAAAGAGCCGGAGCUAAUCUCCAUGUGCAACAAGCAGUGUUCGUGUGACCCGUCAGAGUAUAGACCGGUUUGCGCAGAGUUGAACGAUGGCCGACAGUUCACUUACUACUCUCCGUGUUAUGCCGGAUGUGCUGAGUCAUACUCGGCUUCGCUGAAAGAGUACACCGAAUGCAGUUGUGUGCCCACAAUUACCAAGCAGAGACCGAGAAUUGUGAAAAGAGGAGUUUGCGAACCACAGUGCACCGAACUGCUCGGAUUCUUACUUCUCUUCGCUCCACUCUCUUUCUGCACGUUUGCGGUCGCCGUUCCCAUUAUUUCAGUCAUUCUGAGGUGACAACGAGAAGUCAAAAACUGCUUUGACGGCCUAAUUUUCAGAACCGUUGACUACAAUGAGCGAUCGUUUGCAUUGGGAAUUCAGUGGAUCAUGAUUCGUGUGAUUGGAACCAUUCCAGCUCCAGUUCUAUUCGGAUGGAUGUUUGAUGUCUCUUGUAUCAAAUACCAAUCUGACUCUUGUGGAAGCUCGGUAAUAAAACUAUAAAGGUGAAAGUUACACAAAAUUUAUUUUGCAGAGCAGUCAGUGUCUUAUGUACUCCAAUCAGCUGCUGGCCAACCUGUUUAUGACCUUCACAAUCAGUGGACAGGUUAUCACACUUGCCAUUCUUCUCGUAGUUUUGAUGAUGUACGGUGGAAUGCUCAAUGACGAUGCUUAUCAGGGUGGACCUCCGGUAACUAAUUCACGAAUAGACUCUAAACCACACAGUAUUUCAGGUGGACAUCCAGCUCGAGAGUAGUAUCGUUGAUCGCAAAGAGUUGGAACCGGAGGAAAAAAUCAACUUGACCCAAUAA